CGCCAGAUCUUCUACUUAACUUAAUAUUUGGAUUUAUCUUAUUUAGUUUCUUUAUAUUAGCAAGAUAAUUAUACAUAAAGAAUAAUCGUAUUAUUCAUGAGUAUUUAGUUGAAUGAAUUUUUUGCAACUCAGUUUGUUAAACCGUUGCUUAAACUACAUAAAUAGGCAACCCAUAAAUCAUUUAUGGUAUAAGUGACGGGUAAAAUAUAGCAAAUGCAACAUAUAAUGAAUUUGAGUUGUGUAAACGGUUCAAUAUGCAACCCCUAAAUAAAGUGUUGUUAAUAUAUAAUUAACGCAACACUUUCAAAUAGUGUUGCAAUCCAAGUGUUGCAAGAGACUCUUUUUCCCGUAGUGGCUAUUUAACUAAACAAGCAAGCAUUUAAAAUGAUGUUUAAUUCAUGUGAGAAAACUUCACUCGGUUGAUUAUCCCCUAGUCCUUGUGUCGAGAUGAGAAUGUGAUACUCAAGUACGAUAUGCAAGUUCAUAUACCGUUAAGAGAUCUAAAAUAGCUAGGACUCCCUAUUCGAGUGCAUCCUAACCCGCUUAAUCGGACUAAUCAGAGGAGCGUAUCACACUAUCGAAAAGAUGACUAAAACUACCAAUUCCACUCUCUCGGAGAUUAACCCUAAAUGGCGAAAGAUUUACCAAUAUUUGUAAUUUAUUGCACUCUACAUUGAUUGAGGAGUUACCCUAAUUGUCAUAAGGGAUCUUCUCCUUCCUAGGUCAAUUUGCCCCAAAAUUGACGGAUUUGUUCAAGAACAUUUAAUUUGCUUGAAAAACCUUCAAUCAACAUAUAAUCAACAAUACCCAUCAACACAAAGAGUUCACAAACAUCAGUCUACAAAAUCCUAUACUAGGGUUCACAUCCAAGUGAAAAGAGGAACUACUCCAUAGCUAGGAAGAAACAACAACUAGAAUAGAAGAGAAAUCCAUGGAAACUUAAUUCUCCUUCUUCCUAUUUGCUUGGAUUGAUGCUUGGAGAUGAAAUAUGGCCUUCAAAUUGCUUGUGUAGGUCAAAUUCACCUUUACUAGUAGCUCGCUCUAGGUUGUGGAAGAAGAACUCCAAACUCUCUCUAGAACUCUCUCUUAAAAUUAUGCUCUCUCCUUUAUAUAGCAUGUGAGUGCACAUUUUACGGUUGCACAUCCCGCCCGUUAAGUGUGUAAUGAAACCGUGAUCUCAGCGCAAAACGCCGCUUCAUUAACACAGUUCACGGUCUCUCUACUGAUUUCAUGGUAUCGGAUCAUCAUCCGUGCAAUGCCCCUGAGGCAUGAACAUGCUUCUGGAACUUUGUGAUCUUCACGGUUUCCUCGUCAACUUCACGGUCUAUGGCCCGUGACAACUGUUGUCAGCCCAUAAUCUUUGCACUUCUCCUUUUUGCUCAUUUUCCGAAUCCCUUUGUCAGACUUUCGAUCCUCUCUCCCAUUCUACAUGCUAAAGUCUGAAAAAUGCCAAAAAUCACCAAACCUAGUGUAAAAUGGCUCUAAGGACGGUGCUAAACAAGUCAAACGACACAAGGCAAGAGGUGUAAAAAUGUACCAUUUAUCUCGAAUUAAUCAACAUUAGAUUGUGAAAUAUGUUUUGAAUUGCGAUAUUUUGGGUAUUUUUUGAAUAUCCAAUAUUUAUGUAAGAAAUCCAAUUAACUCGUAUGUCAACGUAAAUCAAAGGCUACUAUUACGAUUUUGAACCCCAUCUUACAGCGCAUAUCGCCACCCCCAAUUCCAAAGGAAAAAUUCUUUGACGAUUUGUUUUUUGGGCUAAUACCACUAGAAAACGCGAACUAUCAAGAAAGUAUGACUUGUGUCUCAAACUAUUCAAUAUUCCAUAUAUGUCCCGAACUAUUAUUCUGUAAGUGUUGAUCGCCAUUGACCGCUAGUAUUUAACUGAAAAAAUCCAGUCAGCAUUGACGUGGCAUUUGACAUGAAUCCCCAUCAUAAUAAUAAUAAACAAAAACUCUCCGAAUUCUUAUUCCUUCCCACUCGAUUGUCCAACCUCCUCCCUUGCCAUUAAACCCUUCCCUCGAACCCGCCGCUAUUAACCCCAAAUCCUCCCCUAUAGGGAUGGCAACAAAACCCGAACCCACGGGUACCCACCCGACCCAACCCGGUCAACGCGGGUAAAACCCAUGUUGAGGGGUUUUGGGUCGGGUUCGGGUUUAAACCCGCUACACUAUUCACCGGGUCGGGUUGGGUUUAGAUAAACCCACCCCAUGGGUACCCGCCCACACACAUAUAAUUACUUUUCCGAUAUAUUUAAUAUUCUAAAUAAUAUAUCUUCCUUAAACAACUAAUAUUCUUUAUGCUUGUGGAGACAUGUAUAAUUUGUUCAUUCUAAUUGUUUAGAAUGAAGUUGAUAUGAUGAAGUGGAGAGUGAAAAAACUUAGUUGACGAGGAAGAAGCUUUCAAUUAAUCUUAUUGUUUAUAGAUGUUUAUCUUUAAUUUUGAACAAUUUGUAUUGAUCAUUUGCGGUUUGCUUGUAUGCUCUAGAUUGGUGUUUUUUGUAUGAUUAAUUUGUAUGAGAAAAUUAAUGUUAAAACUUAUUUUGAAAGAAACUUGUUAUUGUAAAUUUUUUACCACAAAAACCCACGGGUACCCAUGAACCCGCGGAUACCCAACGGGUUGGGUUGGGUUUGAGUUUUUCAAACCCAACGGGUUUUACCCAGGAUUUUUUUGGCUGAUAAACCCAUGGGUUUGGGUUUGACAAAACCCGCCCCAACCCGACCCAUUGCCAUCCCUACUCCCCUAGGAACGCGCCACCAUUAAAUCCCCAUAACAAAUCCUCCGAUGCCGAGAGUUGCGUCGAAGAUUGACAGAUCGAGAAGGACGAAGGGAGAGGCUGAGACAUAAGAGAUGCCGUCGAAAUCGUGGUCGCCGCUGGGAAUUCAAAGCUGGAGGUCGUGGGUUUGGCCGGAGAGGAUGGUUGUUUGGGUUUGGAUUGACGAUCUAGACAGCGGCAUGACGAACCAGGCGACGGCGGAAAGAGCCAGAAGACAUCACUGCUGUUCGUAGUCGAAAUCCCAAAUCCCAAAGUCAAAAUCGCAGUUCAGAACCAAGUGCGUCCGAAGUCGAAAUCCCUGCUCGGUUUGAGUUCCAUAAAUCGGCGUCGCUGUUCGUAACCCAAAUUGUAAGGAAGUGGUUAAGCACCACACACGGACCUGUAUAAGAUUCAGCAUAACCUUCUCCCAACAACUCGAGUUAUUGGGACCAACUGGUUUAUGACAUGGUAUCAGAGCCUGGUUUGUCUGUGAGGUCACGUGUUCAAGUCCUCACGACCCCCAAUAUUAACCGUUGUCUUUCAAGCACAUGGUAUGGCGGGCCUGUGCAAACUUCAAGCCUAUGAGUCGUCUUCGAUUCACCGGGGCCUCCGGGCAUUCCCAUCGGAGUAGGAGAUCGGAGCAAGACCAAAAUUUGCUCUCUUCGCUGCCAUCAUCAUCUCCUCUCCCUCAUAUGGUACUUGCUCUACCUCCCACCGCUGCGUGCAUCUCCUCCGUCCUUAAUCCACUGUCGUCGGGGAUUUUGUGUCAUGGCGGAGGACGCCAGAAUGCGAGAGAAGAAGUUCAGCAUAGAAUAAUAAAUGGCUACCCACUUUAGUUUAUUUUUAUUUUCUCUUUUUUUCAUUAUUUUGCUAAGAAAAAAUAUUGUAUUUUUCAUUAAUAAUUUGAUGUGUCGGGUGGUGGCUGCCACGAUUGUGCCACAAAACCAACAUUUCAAGGUUGACCGUCUAGUCAACCAUUAUCUUUAACGGUCAACGAAAUCAUCAUAAGAUGAAUGACACACAACUAUAAUACGUUGGGACAUUUUCGAAAUAUUGAAUAGGUUGGGACACAAGUGGCAUUUUCAUGAUAGUUUGGGUUUACUAAUGUACUAGCGUGGGCCACGGUCAGUUGGCCGGAGGAAGGUGAGAUAUGAAAUUUGAGAAUGUAAUGGGGUGUAUAACUUAUUAUCAUGUAGUUUUUUUUUUUUGGAAACACACGAUAAAGAUAGUGAAUUUUAGCAGGAAAGAGGCAUGGAUGAUGCAACGAAUCAAAAAAUCAGCCUUAUGAACCAAGUUCGAGUACUUGUUACCUUGUGAAACAGUAUUAUUUCUGGUAAUAUGAUGAGGUGGAGUAAAUUUUAUAGAAAUCGAAUUUUAGAAAACCGAAUAAGAAAUCCCCUAUAAAAUACACUAUAAUUUAAUCAUUAGUAUAUCAAAUAAUUACAUAAUAUAUAUUUAAAUUUAUAAAAAUUGGACUAAUCACGUUGGUCGAGGUCAAACCAGUUAAUAACUUUAAAAUACAUUAUAUUUUAGCCACUAUGAUAUAAAAUAAUAGAAUAAUAUAUGUUAUGAUAGAGAAAAUAGCAUAUUUUAGGAUGACAAACCCAUGAUGUUCAUUUAUUUUACUUGAAACUUGAUGGUCAAAUCUCGUAUGAGUCAGGCUCAUUCAACUCUUUUAUUCUAUGGUUAGCGGUUAGCCCAUUAGAAUCCAUGCAUUAGUUUAUUGUUAAUUUUUUUCUUUUUAGCAAUAAAAAAUGAGUAUUGUUUUGCACUUUCAUAUAUAUACCAACACUGAGAAAUCAAAGGGCUUAAAGAAAAUCCUAUAUCCCCUAGAAAAAGCUGCUCAGUGCUCACCGGCUCAUGGUUCACUUCUUUCUCUCUCUCUAUCUCAAUUAUAUCGCCGCCGGUAGCCACUUCUUCGCAUCCCUGUUUUCUUGUCCUUAAUUUUAGUUUUGCAAACCUUUUUCCUACAUGUCAUCCUCCCCCCAAACGUCAAUUUCCACCCCCUCACGGUCUUUGUUUUUCAUUUCUUAAUCUUCCAUUCUCUUAUCACUUGUUUAAACCCCCCUCUUUGUAUAUCUUCGACGCUAGUUUAACGAAGAAGAAGAGAAAGCCACCAAUCUUCAAUAAUAUUGUAUUGUUACAGUGAAGCGAUAUUGUGAAUUUCUUUGUCACUUAUCUGUUAGAGCUUACAAAUGAUGGAAAAGGGGUGGUUGAUUAUGAUUUGAUUAAAUGACUCAAUCUUUAAAUUUUUUACUUGCAUGCAAUUUAUCACCCUUCUUCAUGUGCAUGACUGGAAUUUUUUUAGUAUGCUUGGAUUUCUUUUCAUAGGGAAGGGAUUAGGCGAUUAGCACACAGAAGAAGGAUUGGGGAAAUUAUUUUGUAAACAAUUACGAAGCUCUCUUUCUCUAAUUAUCUCAUUUAUUCUCGGCGUUGGUGGAGUCCAGAUCCAGCAUCAGAACAAGCCAAGACUCGGUUACAGUGAUCGCUAUGGAGGCAUGAAACAGAUGCGGCCGUGGCUGGAACCUGUUCUGUUUUUGUGGGCCGCAACAAUCCCUGGGCCUGUUCAAGUCCACACGUGUACGGUAAGUUGGCUCGUUCCAUAGAGGAAAGAGAAAAAAUUGACACUCCCUAUUAUACUAUUCCUACAAACGCUCAUGGAGCAGGAAAUUUGAAAUGGGGGAAUGAUUUUUUCCUCCAUGCUAUUAUACUAUGUGUAGAUUGUAGUAAUUAGAACCCCACUUCUAAAUCUGGAAGCAAGUAAACACUAUCACAAAAC